AUGACUUCACAGUCAUCUCCUCAGCCACACCCUCCUCCGACACCCUGGCAGCCACAGCCUCGUGCCAAUAUCGCGGUUGGAUCUCCGUACAAUGCAAGCAACUGGCUCCUUAAUAGUGGUGCAACUCACCGCAUCACGUCUGACAUACCGGUGAGGGAUCUCAGCAUGGGGGCACUUCUUCUACAAGGCAGAACUAAAGACGAGCUUUAUGAGUGGCCGGUUUCGCCUUCACAAGCCACGACGAUGUUUGCUUCCUCAACGGCUAAGAGUAGUGCUGCGUGGCAUUCCAGACUUGGUCACCCAUCUCCACCUAUCUUAAACUCUAUCACUUCCAAGUUUUCUUUACCUGUUUCCUCUUCUUCUUCUUCCAAAACUUUAUUUUGUUCAAAUUGCCAUAUCAAUAAAAACCAUAAAUUGCCUUUCUCUGAUUCGUCCAUUGUCUCUUCUCGCCCAUUACAUUACUUGUUCACUGAUGUUUGGACAUCUCCCAUUACCUCCAUUGAUAACUACAAAUAUUAUAUCAUUCUUGUUGAUCAUUACACUCGAUACUCUUGGCUGUAUCCACUUAAACACAAAUCUCAAGUAAAAGAAACCUCCAUUGCCUUCAAAGCCCUUGUUGAGAACCACUUUAAGUCUCGAAUUGACACACUUUACUCGGAUAAUGGUGGAGAUUUUAUUGCCUUACGGAGCUUUCUUGCUUCUCACGGCAUCUCACAUCUCACUACUCCGCCACACACGCCUGAACACAACGGUCUCUCCGAACGCAAACAUCGUCAUGUCGUUGAAACCGGCCUUACACUCAUGUCUGAGGCAUCAUUGCCAAAGCACUAUUGGCCAUAUGCCUUUGCUGCUGAUGUGUACUUGAUCAACAGAUUCCCCACACCAGUCUUGAACAAUGUCUCGCCGUACACUCGCUUGUUUGGGACGUCACCAAAUUAUGGGAAACUUCGUGUAUUUGGCUGCCUUUGUUUUCCGUGGCUACGUCCGUACACGGCACACAAGCUUGACACUCGCUCCCAACCGUGUGUGUUUCUUGGGUAUUCUCUCACACAGAGUCCAUACUUGUGUCUCGAUCCUGAAACUGAACGUGUCUAUGUCUCACGACAUGUUCAGUUUGACGAGAUUACGUUUCCAUUUCGCACCAACCAGUCGUCAACAGAAACUCUUCUUGUUGUAGAUCAAUUGACUACCACUUCCCCGAGUGUCCUACGUCUGCCUCUACCAGAAAAAGUGCAUCCCUGCUAUGUCCCUCACACUACACCACCACCACCACCAAAACCGAGUGUGUCUUUUCCGCCAUCAUCUCAGGUAUUGCCUUCUAACCCUCAAACUCAAUCCACUGCUCCUCACGAGCCACAAAAUCAAAACUCUAUUGCUCCUCACGAGCCACUAAAUAACCACUCGCCACCACCACAUCUCUCCCCACCACAACCUACCCAAGACAUAACCACCUCACAGACGUCCUCCACUGAAAUAACUUCCCCAUCGUCUUCACGAUCCUCCUCUCCGUUACCACAACCAUCACCUCCAACCUCACCUCCACCACCACCUCCUGCUCCUCUUCCUGAACUUAUACCACAACCUGAACCUGAUCACCCCGAUGACCCCAUGAAUACUCACCAGAUGAGAACCCGCUCGAAAAACAACAUAACCAAACCCUCGAAAAAGUACUCUCUCCUUUCUGCUCUCAAAAACCCUUUACCCUUCGAACCAACCACCAUUACACAAGCACUGAAAGAUCCUAACUGGGGUCGUGCUGUCUCCGUGUUGUCUCCGAUGAACAUAACUGAUGAUAGGAUUUGUGUGUGGGUGAUAUGA